CCUCGCUCCCUCCUUGCUUCCCGCCACCCCUCCAGCGCCUUCCCCCUCCUCCCUCCUCUCUCCACCUCCAGGCCCCGCCCCGGCCCUGCCGCCCUGUCUCCUCCCUGCAGUCGCUCCGGAGCUGCACGGGUGUUCUGCGUGUUGCUGCGUCAUCGCCAGUGGUCGGUUUGAAUGAGGCUCUCGUCGCACCGAAGCCGCCGCCACCACCGCGCCUCCGCCUCGGCCGCCGCCGCAGCUGCUUCUGGUCUCUGUCUCUUCGCCGCCCUUGUCAGGCCCAGCCCUCCUGCGCCGCCGCCUCCCGCCGCGCCCCGCCAUGCCGCUCUACUCCGUUACUGUAAAAUGGGGAAAGGAGAAAUUUGAAGGUGUAGAAUUGAAUACUGAUGAACCUCCAAUGGUGUUCAAGGCUCAGCUGUUUGCGUUGACUGGAGUCCAGCCUGCCAGACAGAAAGUUAUGGUGAAAGGAGGAACUCUAAAGGAUGAUGAUUGGGGAAACAUCAAAAUAAAAAAUGGAAUGACUCUACUAAUGAUGGGGUCAGCAGAUGCUCUUCCAGAAGAACCCUCAGCCAAAACUGUCUUCGUAGAAGACAUGACAGAAGAACAGUUAGCAUCUGCUAUGGAGUUACCAUGUGGAUUGACAAACCUUGGUAACACUUGUUACAUGAAUGCCACAGUUCAGUGUAUUCGUUCUGUGCCUGAACUCAAAGAUGCCCUUAAAAGGUAUGCAGGUGCCUUAAGAGCUUCAGGGGAAAUGGCUUCAGCGCAGUAUAUUACUGCAGCCCUUAGAGAUUUGUUUGAUUCCAUGGAUAAAACUUCUUCCAGUAUUCCACCUAUUAUUCUACUGCAGUUUUUGCACAUGGCUUUCCCACAGUUUGCCGAGAAGGGUGAACAAGGACAGUAUCUUCAACAGGAUGCUAAUGAAUGUUGGAUACAAAUGAUGCGAGUAUUGCAACAAAAAAAAGAAGCCAUAGAGGAUGAUUCUGUUAAAGAGACAGACUCUUCAUCUGCAUCGGCAGCGACACCUUCUAAAAAAAAAAGUUUAAUUGAUCAGUUCUUCGGUGUUGAGUUUGAAACUACCAUGAAAUGUAAAAAAAAUGAAGAAGAAGAAGUCACCAAAGGAAAGGAAAAUCAACUUCAGCUUAGCUGUUUUAUCAAUCAGGAAGUCAAGUAUCUUUUUACAGGACUUAAAUUGCGACUUCAGGAAGAAAUCACCAAACAGUCUCCAACAUUGCAAAGAAAUGCCUUGUAUAUCAAAUCUUCCAAGAUCAGCCGGCUACCUGCUUACUUGACCAUUCAGAUAAAAAAAUUUUUUUAUAAAGAGAAGGAAUCUGUGAAUGCCAAAGUUCUUAAGGAUAAAAAAAUUCCUCUUAUGUUGGAUAUGUAUGAACUGUGUACACCAGAACUUCAGGAGAAAAAAAAAAAUUUUCGAUCCAAAUUCAAGGAUCUAGAAGAUAAAAAAGUGAAUCAGCAGCCAAAAAAAAGUGACAAAAAGAGUAGUCCCCAGAAAGAAGUUAAGUAUGAACCCUUUUCUUUUGCUGAUGAUAUUGGCUCCAAUAAUUGUGGAUACUAUGACUUACAAGCAGUACUAACACACCAGGGAAGGUCUAGUUCUUCAGGUCAUUAUGUAUCAUGGGUGAAAAGGAAACAAGAUGAAUGGAUUAAGUUUGAUGAUGACAAAGUCAGCAUCGUAACACCAGAAGAUAUCUUACGGCUUUCUGGUGGUGGAGACUGGCAUAUUGCUUACGUUCUACUCUAUGGGCCUCGCAGAGUUGAAAUAAUGGAAGAGGAAAGUGAAUAGUAGUCUUCAUUUUAGCUAUUUAUGCUUAGGUGUGAAAAUAAAUGUUAUUUGUUGAUCAUUUCUAUAAUCCAGAGCUUUAGAGGAAGACACAUAGGUGGUUUUAUCUGUUUCCCCUCGUUUGAAACAAAAGAGGACAGAAGCAGACCACUCUGUGCAUCAACCUAAAAAAUUACAGAAAAAAUUAUCUUUGGAUUGUGCUGCCCUAUAUAAGGGUGGCAGAAAGACAUUUUUUAAAAACUUAUUAUUUCUUGCAUUAUUUUUAAAAAUUCUGAGUUGAAAUGCCUUUCAACCAUUUCUUUCUGUGGUCAUUUUUCUUGCUGCCUUUUUCACCCAAGAUUCAGCAAUCAGAUGUUUAUUGCACACCUAUUACCUAUUAUUUGUUGUUCUUGCAUGGUUCAAACCACCAUUCUAUAGCCACCCAUCCUUUGCCUUAUCUAACAAACAUUUUUCCAGGAAGGUGGAAAAGGAAGUUUUGCUCUCAUUGUGUAACUCAGUGCUGCUGUCCAUCCCAUGGAAACAUGGGCACAAUCAAGUAUUUGUCCAGCCUGUUGCAGGCUUUUCAUGACUUUAAAAUAAAUUGUGAUCAGUAAUAGUACAUUUGGUUAUACAUUUAUUAUUGUGUCUCUCUCUGAUGUACUGUGGAUUGUACAUUUAACUUUGGAAUGGCUUUGUAAUAAUCAAUCUUAAGAAAAUGUUGACAAGCUCUGGUUGCUUACUUUUAGAAAAUGAGGACAUUUAAUAAUAAUAAAAAAGGGGGGAUUAAUAGCUUUUGACCUCAAGUCUUUUGUCUUCUGAGUGUUGGAGCUUGGCUGAAGAUUCAGAUAUGUUUAAUGCUGUACAGUUUCUGAAGAUGGUUAUUAACACUGUGCUGUCAAGCAUCCAUUUGAAAAUAUUUGUUAUCUUCUUUGCCUGCCUGUAUUUUACAAAGAAAUAAUACAAAGUUGUAAAAGUAAUGGAUUUCUUUGGAUGCCAAAUGCAGUGAUGUUAUCAGUCAGAUUUGUUCCUUGGCUCAGUUGGUGUUUGUAUUUCCUAAUUCCCCAAACUUUGGCUGUGCGUGGUGGCUCACGCCUAUAAUCCCAGCACUUUGGGAGGCCAAGGCAGGUGGAUCUCUCGAGGCUGAGAUUGAGACCAGCCUGGCCACAUGGUGAAACCCUGUCUCUACUAAUAAUACAAAAAUUAGCCGGGCGUGGUGGUGCACACCUGUAAUCCCAGCUACUUGGGAGGCUGAGGUCGGAGAAUUGCUUGAACCCGGAAGGCAGAAGUUGCAGUGAGCUGAGAUGACUGUAGCCUGGGUGACAGAGAGACUCUCUCAAAAAAAAAAAAAUCCCCAAAUCUUAAUGUCUGUUUCAGAAUUUUAGUGAUUUUAAGGUGAUAGUAGAAAAUACCAAGCAUAUGAGGUAUUUCAAUAUGAUAGGCUUCUUACAUUUUAAUACAUUAGUUAUUCAUCUUUGUUCCAGGACCCUUGGCUGAUUGCUAGGGAAAGGAUAAAGCAUAGAAUACCAGCCAGUUUGGCUCUAAUUUUGAGUUAUUUGUAAUAAAGUUUGGGGAUUAUCAUAACAUCUCAUAUCUUUCUUUGUGUAUGUUGUUUGAAUGCUCUGCAGAGCACAACACUGAUAACUAUUAAAAAUAGAAAACAGCCAUUUUACUUUCAAAUCUGAUGUGAUGUAAUCUGUGAACACUAGGGGGGAUAAAAUAAGCAUUGCAGGGAAACUUAUUUGUAAAUAGCUUCCUCACCUAAACUUUGACUUGGCAAUCAAUACUUUCUACUUCGUGGAGGGGAUUAAGAAUACAAUGGGGAGGAGGAGACCAUAAGAAUUAUAAUGAUUCAUGUAUAUUUGUAUGAUGCUUGUAACUUUGCAGUCUUUUUUAUUCAUUAUCUCAUUCAGUCAGAACAAUUUUAUUGAGGACAUGAAUUUAACAAUUAGAAUUUAGAUUUUCUGACUGUAGCUACCAGAUGCUGUAGCUACUAGACCAGGUGAGCUAGGUUUAGAGCAAAGUAUAUAAGCCUUGUAUGGAAUAUAUUAGAAUUUUAAAAAUUGUAAUUCCUUAUUAUAAAAAGUUUGAUUUCAUUUUAUUUGAUCUACAAAAGCAUUAUUCCAAAGAAUUUUUUCAAGUAGAAAUGGGAGUUAUACCAGUGUCGUUUUAAACUAAUAAGGCUAUUUUAGAAUUCAGCCUUGCCUGUAAGGUCUUUGAGAAGGGAGAAUAGGCAGCAAAAAAAAAAAAAAAAAAAGUCUUGAUUCCUGAAUGUGCCUUAUAUGCUGUGCCACUCACACCAAGGCCAUCUCAGCAUUAGAGCUGUGCUAGAUCACUGCUUCACUAGCUAGAAGUUAGGCCCAAGUAAGCGCAUUUACAGAAUAAUCUGCACUCAGUAGCCCUUCUUCAGGAUUAAAAACAAUGAUGACCUCAUCUUAGAGCCCUAAAGGGAAAUGGGAACAGGAAAAGGCGGUGGUACUGUCUUCUGCUACUACUACUUAGUGCUUUGCUGUGUAUAGGGUGCUUUCACAUACAUCUCAUUUGAAUGUCACAAGAAUCCCUGAAGUGAUUAAAAGUCUUGAGAGGUCAGGCAAUUUUUGUAAGGCUAGAAGGAAAAGUGAGGUUUCAGACUUCAUUUCUUUUAAAGUUGGCAAACAUUUUCUGUAAUGGACAAGAUAGAUAGAUAGUAAAUUAUUUCAGGCUUUGCAGGCCAUGAAGUGUUGUAGCUCCUUACCUUUGCUGUUAUAGUGUAGCUGGAGCCAUAGACAGUUAGGAGUGAGCACAGCUGGGUGCCAGUACAAUUUUAACGAUCAAGACUCGUGGCAGGCAGAACAAACCAUCAUUUGUUGAUCCUCUGCUUGAAAGCACGAAUAAGAACAGAGCAGUCAUAUGGUUUCAGAAAGUGUUAUUCUGGGAUUCCAGGAUAGCUAAAUUUUGUAACUACUAACAGCACACAGGAAACUAAUUUGGUAUAGGAAACAACAUAUCCCUAAAUAAUGCUUAUUUAACUUCACUAUAAAUACAUCUACUUAACAAAAAUAGAUUUUGUGAGGGUCACUUCGUUUAGGUCAUUAUCUCAACCCACCCUCCUCCCAACCUCCCCAAACUCUGGUUUGAGCCAAUAUGUGUUCUAUUGUUCUUAGAGCACCAGCCGACUGUACAACAAUUGUUAUAAAAAUGUUUAUUGUUUACCAAAACCAGUGGACCUCUUAUCAAAUGCUGCUUGGUAACAAAAUCUAUCACAGUUUUAAUAAAAAGAAAAAAAAGAAGCUAA